CGUGCUGCAAAUUGCGUGAUUUUUCGAGUGGGUUUAAUCUGCGCGUUCUGUUUGGAGUGUUAUUUUUUGUGUGGUCAAGUUUCAGUUAUUCGAGACAAUUAUUUGUCAGUGCCUUAGACAAACUGUGUUGUGCAACUUUCCGGCGGAUUGUGAUUUUGUGUCGAGAUUUGUGUAUUCUGUUACGUUUUUUUCUAUCGUGAAAAAAAUCGGACGUCUGCAGAGUGCGAAUUUUACCUUCAAAACAGUGUUAAAACAAACUUUUACGUCUGGUUAAUACAGAUUCAAACAGCUGUGACCACUUUGCUCCGCUUUUCUCCCCUCUCUGCAAACGUGUAAAAGUUCAAUUAAAAACAGAGCAAAAGUGAGUACGUGUGUCGUUGUUCGUGAUUACAAAACGAAAACCGAGUGAGCGAAUUCGAAGAAAUAGCGAAAAAAAAAUCACAAACAUAAGUGCGUGGAACAUAAACGAUUGAAGCGAAAUAGGAAAAAAAAUAAGGGAUCAUUGAUGAGUGAGUAAAGUGGGCAGCAACAGCAAACUGGGUACUGCGGGGCGGCAAGUGUCGGAAAUCGUAACGAUAAUAGCAUUAAAGUUAACUGCAAUUACCGGGCCAAUCCGGGGUACGAAAGUUUUGUGCUUUGUGCGUUUUUUUUUUGUUUUUCCUCCGGCACUGACCAAAACGCCUGCUGAGAUUCGUCGCAAAAUUAAAAGUCAGUACAGGCAGAAUCAGUGCUCGAUAAACGACGACAAACGGGGUGGUUGUGUGCGGCGAAACAAGGUAGUGCGGUCUGAUAAGUAUUUACACAAGUAGUUGUAAGUAGUAGUAAAAAGUGGUUCCUGGUCCAGGGCAAAAGAGUUGUCCCAAAAACGGUGAACCGUGAGAGAUAGCAUUAAUAAUACAGGAAAUAAGAUUCGAAAGACUCCAGGGCGCAAGUGAAAAAGAAGUAGUUGAAGAAGAAGAAGCAGAAGAAACUCGCGAAAUCGCAGCAGAAAGUGCGGAAUAUUUUUGUUUCGUUUUAUUUUAUUUUCCUUUGGUCGGGCAGUGUUUUGUGUGCUGUUUGCUGUUAUUAGCAUUGCUGGUGAAUGUCGAAAUUUGUGGCUGGUUGUUAUUUUUGACAGCGUGAUUUUUUGUUCAUUUCUUGGUCGGUCGAGAACGUGUUUUGGUGUGUCGUGGCGUUUCUUCGUGGCUCUGCUCUGGGACGUGUUAAUUUUUCAACCCGCUUACCGCAAGUGAAUGCUGCCGCCGCCAUCAUCAUCGCCGCCGUGUCGAGCCGCUGGAACACAGCAAUAAACACAGUCCCUUUUAAUUCAAAAAUGGAUUAACACCGCUACAAUCUUUACCAACUGAGAAGCGGUCCGAUCUACCCAUCCGGGAAACGUAGGCCCUCUGAAUUGAUAUUCUUCAUCCUUCUGCAUAGACAAAUUCCAUUGAUCCGAUUUCGCCGAAUGAUAGCAACAGCCACAGGUCACCGAGCAUAAUCUGUCGCUGUUAAUCAAGUGACCGUACCAUUCUGGGCCGUGUCGUUUGGGUGUCGCUACCGGACACCUUCUAGUUGACGGCCAACACACGCCGCACACCACCAAUCGCGUGAGCUCAAUUCCGCUGGACGGAACACGCUCCGUUUAUUCAGUGUCACCGUCGCUUCGCUCGCUGCGCAACCGCAGUCCGAGUCGUAACAUUUUAAUGGUCCCCGUGUUGUUCAUCAGCCACCGUUCCGAGUGGCGUCCGGUGUUCUUUCGCUGAUUGGCCGACCGAGUGACUGACUGCCUGACUGACGGCGGCCGAAAUUCCCCGUGCUUCAAACUAUGUGAGUGCCAGGGCACCCGCCAAUAAACCAUUCCCAAAGAACGCCUUGAAGCACCCACUGGAAAGAUGAACGGCCUAUCCACCCUGAAUCGAUUGCUUGGCAAACGAAACAAAGAUGUUUCCAAAUCCACCUCGAACCUUAGCCGGUCGACCUCCAACCUGGAUACUUCUAGUCAGUACAAUAAAAUUGUCCCGCUGGCCGCAAUGACCAAUGCCCCGUUCGAGCAAACAUUCCGGAUAACGGUUCUGCUGCCGCGGGAUCAGCUGUAUGUGGCCCGAAUCGGGGCCAAAACGAGGCUCGCCUCCCUGAUGGAGAUGGUCUGCAGCGACAAGCAGUUGGACGCGACGAAGUACCUUUUCCGUCAUCCAGCAGAUUUCCAUCAAGCGUUCGAGCUGGAUCUGACCAUCGGCGAGGUCGGGCUGAACGAAAUUCGUUUGAUGUCGCGGAAGGAAUUGGAACACUUGCAAAAUAACGAGUACAGAUUGAGCACAAGCGACAUAUUUCGGAUGCAUCAGAAAAAUUUCCGCGAAACUUCCAUUUCUUCGUCGGAUUUGAGUCGAACGUCCAAAGUACCGCUGAAAACAACUAGUCCGUACAGUUCAACGAACUCGCUCAACUCGAUGGAUUCGUCGGGACUGAGUUCAAGUUCACGGGGUGGUGUCAACGGAAAUCAACACCACGCGCCGGUGGCGCCCAUGCGGAAGAAACGUUUAGCGCCCCGACCACCUAGUCAGAAUUCGAUCCCGGAAAAAGCUCCACUGGAAACCACCGUCAAAGAUGAGCACCUGUUCAAGGAACCACAAUUACCGCCAUAUUCGAAGAAACAUUUUCACGUUUCUUCUCCCAACCUGUAUGGCAAAGAUUCGAAAAGCGCAGAUUCUUUGAACAAUAACAACAACAACAACAACAAUCAUGACACCAAUAAUUACAACGGUUCCAACGGCAACGGCCUUCAUACGGAAACGGUCGAGGAAAUGAAUAACAUCAUCAACACGAAAACCUCUUACAGUACGCUCAAAAAUCGACCAACAUCGAUGUACAUUAUCCGUGAGCCACCGGAGACGGAACUCCACAAACAGAACGGAAACCUUCAGCGAUCGUCCCUGAAUGGUACCGGAAACAGUCUGGUGGACAUUGUCAACCACUCCCGCACUUCGUCCAACUCUUCCGACGUCAAAGAUCCACGUGACUUUCAGGAAGGUCCGCAACAGCAUCCCGAAACCAGGAAGCGGCUCAAUUCGAAUGCGAAGAAAACAAAAGCUCCGGCCCCACCACCUCGAGGCGUAUCGUUGGGACCGAAAUACGCGGAACCAAAAAUCGUUCCAACUCCAUCUCCGAGGGCACCCAGCAGGACAGCGACGGGUCCGGAUGGAACCCGGGAUAGUGACACGAUUAUCUCCGAGACCGAUUCGAACUUUAGCGAAGCCGAUGAACUGCAACGGAACAAGGAAAACGUUGAAAAACUGAACGCGGUCAACAGCACCCAUCAACAGGGGAUUACAAAUGGAACCACUUCCCAGCAGCACAACGUGUCCAAAGUGAUGCUUAAUGUAGAACAACCACCAACCGUUACCAAACCUACAUUGUCUACUUUUGUCCCGGAAAAAAUUGUACAUAAACCAUCGAACGGAGCAUCUUCGGUGUCGAUCAAAAUUGUUAAAGAUUCAACCGCCGCCACCACAAAUGGUCACCAUCCAGAGGCGUCGACCAAUUCAAAGCCAUCCACUCCGAUUAUUUCAAAAGUACAUAUCGUUCCCUCUCGGGAACAGGGCGUUUCGGUGGACGAGCCCGAAGAGUCCAACGAUCGACGGGUUUCGAAUGGCGAUAACAGUUCCGAUGAUGAUAUCAAAAUUUACAAUAUUGAAUCCGGUCAAGAAAUGCGGAUUCCCGAAAAGAAGGACUUUCCUCGAUCGCCAACCCCACCACCAGCCGAGGAGGAAGAACAGUGGACCUAUACGCUGCCAGCUCCACCAAAAUUCGCCGAUUCGUCCAUCAAAUCCGGUGAGUACGACGAAAAGCAACGGUUUUUCGAUCUGCAGUCAACGUAUGUGGAAAACACCACGUUGGUUACCGAUCGCAUGACGAUCGUUUCCGAUGAAACGGAGAAAAUUCGGCCGAUAAUUCGCGAAAAGGUCCUGCUAGAUGAAAGUUUGAUAUCGAUGAACCAUGAAAAAUGCCCGUCUCCGACGGUAACGCUGACAGCAAGCGAGGGUAACAGCAGCAAUGCCAGUGAGAAUGCCGGUAGAGAAAUUUUGAUUUCGUCCGAAUUUGAGAACGGAUAUCGAGGCGGAAGUGAACUACGCGAAUCAAUGAUUCAAACAUUGGAAAAACGCAGAGAACAACUUAAGGAAAGUGAGUUGCAGGAUUUGAAGGAAUCGAUCGAAGGUGGUAGCAGCCGUGCUGUGCAGCCUCAGUCACAGUCAGAAGAGGCAGAAGAGACCAACGAGAGUGAUAUUAUGAAAUGUGCCAAAUUGAACGAGGAAACGAUGGUCGAUGAUUACACUGUGAUGGUCGGUCGGGACAAUGGUAGCAAAGGUAGCAACGGUACUACAAAAACAAGCAAGCCUUUGAGCGAGGAGAUUAGGAAAAUCGAGGUUAUUAGUGAGUUGAAUCAGGUCAUUAAAGACGAACAUGGUUUGAAGGGAGUGCUGAAUGGGAAUCGUAUUGAGGAGGAGGAAAUUCCCGGGGCGAAUAUGAACAGUUUGAGUAAUUUCAAAAUUUCGACCUACAACAAGAUGGAAGUGAGGGAAAAUGGCAUCCAGCAAGCUGUCAAAAUGGAUUACGGCCAAGAGAAAGAGGCUACACCAACACCAGAAUCGACAACAAUUUCCGACGAAAGCGAAGAGGAUAGCAACGUCGUCGUGCGACGUAAAAUUUCCACCGACUCAAUCCACCGUCGCAAGCUGAGUAGUGACGAGGAGGAUUCCACUAGCCGUGGAACCAGCAACGGCAGUAUCGGUUUCAACAAUAAAAAAGAUCCCGGUCCGGUGAAGCGCCGGAGCUUAACCGUACUGAACAACACUCCCAGAAACAUCAACCGGUCCGAUUCGUUCCACUCGACCCGUUCGGACUACAUUCAAUCGUUGCACAGUGCCAAUGGGUUAAAGCUGACGCCCCGCAGCACAUCGUACAUUUCGUUGAUUGGCGCACAAAAAUUCGAAAACCGUUUCGCUGCGACCAACCGUCGAAAGUCGACCAGCGAGAUGAGCAUCUGCGAUUCACCUUCCCUGCAAAGUUUGGAGGUAAUCAAAAAUAUUCUAAAUACUUCGAGGAGUAAUUUAUCCGCUAUGGAAAAACAGUCGGAACUGCUGGAGCAACAGCAGACGGAGGAGAUAAUGCCGAUGGCGGCAAUCAAGCGUAACAGUUUUACGGACAUCUCGACAUUGGUUCAAUAUAAAUGUGAAACAAAUCGAAGUGGUUUGACACGGCGGGAAAGUUUGGUUGAGAAAAAAAUUGAUGAACUGCACGAUAAGCAGUUGGAUGAAUACGAGGAAGAGUCUAAGCCAAAGGCUAACGUGGACGCCCCGAUUGUUUCCAAAAUUGAGGAUGUAAAAAUUAUUACAGCGAACGACUCGAAACAUGUGACAAAUGAACGAGUUGUGGAUGUUUCCAAUGAGUCCAAAAGUGACGAUGAGAAAUUACAGAACAAACAACUGUCGGCUUCGAUCGUGAAGCAACCGCAGACCACGGUCGUGAAUAUUACCACUACGAGUACGACCGUUGCUAGUACUGGUACUAGCGUGACAGUCAAUGCGGCAAGUCACGAGAAUAACUCGACAAAGGAAUGGAAAUAUCGCGGCCCUCCAACAGUCAACUUUACCACGUGGAGCGAACGUCCAAAAAUCGAUGUAUCUAUAAAAUCCGACCGGGAUUAUCGGUUUGGAGGUAGUUCAACGCUUCCGAGGGGCUAUAAAAAUGUAAAUAAUACCACCAAAAUCAAUCUGAAUGGUCCCUCUGAACCACUGGUAGAAAAAUCUAACGGAGUCGACUGUUCGGAUUCUCAACAACAAGUGCCAUUGAAUGCUUCGGAUGUCUCAGGCAAUCCCCCAUCGCUGGAUGUCAGCAGGACCGAACCGGCGUCCGCCCCCAACUGCGAUAGACUCCCGAUCGUUCGAGCCGUUGAGUACAAGAAAAACGUUGUACCACCUCCGAUCGCCCAGAAACCCAUUGAUAAGCCUUAUUUCUACGAGACCUUUUCGCGAGCACAAGCCGUUCCAAACGGAACGGCUACCAUAAACCGAUUAACGCUCGGCCAUAAUAAAUUCCAGCCGGUAGUGCGUGGUUUCAAACCGAUGGAUGAGAAAGAUCUGAAUGCCAGAAACACACGGCCCGUAUCAAUGAUCGAAUCAACGAACAUUUCCACAGCCAUCUUGAAAAGUGCUCCAGCUCGAGUUGAGAAACUACCUCAACCAGCACCAACCCUUCCGUUCGGUCAGAACACGCUCCGUCGAACGGGCCUGAAAGAUAAAAUUCUAGCCCCAGCUGCCCCCGUACCAGCGAAACCCAAUCCGGUACAGGAACCUACGGUAGCCGCAGUGAAAGCAACUCCGCAGGCAGUUGUUGCUCCACCGCCUCCGCCCGUAGCUCCGAAAGUGAGCACACCCGUUGUACGGGGUGCCAUUGUUAAGAAACAGCUUCCAGCCCCGCUGGAAGUAGACUCCCGUGGUGCCCUACUGGAUGCGAUUCGUAGCUUCAGCAAAGACAAACUACGCAGGAAUAAUUCCACAAUCGAGCAGACGCAGUAAGCAUUGACUUACCAUUCAUCGUUGUAAAGCAUACUUGCUGUUUGUGGGAUCCCAAUUCUUAUCCGAACUUUUCCCAAGGCCAACUGUGCCUGUGAGGUUAAAGCUAGGAUGCUGUAAUUAGCCGUUAUUAAUUUAUUACUUUGUUAUUUUCCUCUUCAGCCGCUUACAAAUCUUCACCGAAGCAUACUCUAUUACAAAUCUAUUCCCUCCUUAUUUCCCGCUUACAAAUCUUCACCGAAGCAUACUCUAUUACAAAUCUAUUCCCUUCUUAUUUCCUAAUAAAGCCUAAUGAAAAACAAACAACAGGUUUAGUUCGAGCACACUUUGUGCAGGUUACACCAUACACACAUGUUAUUAAUACGGGACCAAAGGUAAAAGGUGUUUUAUAAGCCAUUUUAAACGGAACUAAGUCGCUGGUCUGAAGUGCAGUAAACUUCAGUGAACUUCCGAGCUAGGGGCUCGGAUGCACAACUAUAACUGAAAAUUAGAAUGAACAUUUUGUAGUGGUAUGAAUUGGCCACAGUCAAGCAUACCAAUCUGUUUAACAGAUUUAAGACUAAUAAUAUCGAUAAUACUAGAUAAUAUAGAUACUGCUAUUUCGAACACACACACUAACACACAUACAAGUAAACAAUUUAAGUAACACUCGGGUAUUAAACAUUAAAUUUGUUACAUUCCAUUGCUGAUGUUUACCCCCUCAUUGCUUACAACAUCCGGCGGGUGCCAUUGGUAUGCACCAUUCUAGAGAACCGAACACCAUUUUAGCACAUGAACUGGAAUGCUAAAAAAAUCAUCAGUCAUUAAUUAGUAGAUGUACUAUUGAUAUUUAGUUAUAAUAGGGUCGUAUUUGUGAAAACAAAACAAAAAAAAACAUUCAACUUCAGUUACAACAGUGGAUGUCCGUGAAGGUAAAGCCGGAUGUCCAGAUUGUAUAUUGUUUUAUUUGAACAUAUUUGGUAAAUAAACUGAUAUUAUACUAAUAA